AUGUUCAGCCGGCCCCGCAGCCCUAGCCCUUGCAGUGCGCCCUGGUGGGAUCCUCAGCGCGAGGAACCCCGUCCCGCCAAGCGCCUCCGAUGGGAGGAGCCUGAGGUCCAGGCUGGGCCACCGGAGGCUGCGGGUACGCUCACUUCCGUGGUGGUCUUGGCCGAAGGUUGUGCCCUGCAGGUGCCCCUACGCGACGCCGACCUGGUGCUGGAGCCUGCGCCAGCGUCCAUCCUGCGAGUGUCUCUCGGAAACUACACCCUCAUCCUGAUCAACGAGACCCUCCUAGGCUCGGUCGUCGAAGACUCCAGAGACGGAGAGCAGAGCGACUCGUCUGUCAGUCUAGAACUGGGGUCUUUCCUGAGCGUUCUCUGCGACGAGGUGGCCGUAGAACAGGGAUCCUUCUGCGCAUCCGCCUCGGAGACCGCCGCUUCAGCAGAGGCCGACGAGGAAGACUCGGACGCCGAGUUUCUGCAGGGGGAUGCCGAGUUCUUGCAGCUCUGGAUCGACCCUCAGGCCGACUCUGUCGCUGAGCUCCACCCCUCAGUUAGAAGAGUGCCCAGCCCCUGCCCGCUGGGCUGCAUCCCAGAGCCCUCUUCUCUGGACUCCCAACUUCUGGAACCCUUUCCUAGCUCACCCCUUCAGCCCCUGCCCCCCUCUCCGAGUCCAGGCCCCCACGAGCGCCCCCAGCGCUCUCCUCGCCCUCUGUGCAAGGCGCGGAGACGCUUGUUCUAG